AUGAUUGGCUACAUUAUUGACGGGACAUUUCUGGCGGGGCUGAUCUCCGGAGUGCCGGAUGCGGCCAGCGCGCCGAGCCUGAAUUCGUUCUCGUCCGGCGUCGUCUCCCUGCGCCCGAUGUUCAUGGCGCCAGUGUGCUCUGAUGAGAUGCCCCAUGGCACAUUGGGUGCCGCAAAGUCUUCAAUGAACCUGUCUUUAGCGGUCCACGCUGCCAUCGUGACCCUCCAGUCAAGCGGAACGGAUGAGAAAGUCCAGCAGAACAACAUGCCGUUCGAGUUCAUAACAGCGCACACUUGCAGAAUGAACGACCCGAGUUUGUACACAGUGCCGAAUUUUGGUGCCGCCCAUGGGCUUCUGAGGACAACCUUGAACGACAAGAUCUUGAAGGUCGGGGCUCUGGGACCCUACGAUUGGGGUGGCAAUGAUGGUACUUAUAAGCUGGACCCAGCUGCUGGAUUUUAUCCAGAUUGGCUCACAGAGUUCUGCAAAGUAUUCAAUUCUUUGAAGGGUCCUGAUGGUGUCGGUUACAGCUCGUCAGGUAGUAUCGCGUGCGAGAGGGUCUAUUAA